AUGACGUCGUCGCCUUCCGUAGACGAUCAUCUGAAGAACCUCGCGGCAGCGUCAAACGGGACAGAAUGCGACGAUCCGACGUACGUCGUCAGCAAGUACAUUCAGUUCUUCGUCCCGAUCUUCUACGGGAUUCCGACCGUCGUUCUCUAUUUUCACAUCGUCUUUGCCGUCGCCACGUGUUCUAAAAAGUCGACGUUGAACAUCGCCUUCUACAAGAUUUACUCAAUCAUGGCCGUUGUGGUGAGUUUUUGGAACUGUCUGACCUGUCUGCGCUCUCUUUUCUCUCACUAACGAGGUCAGAGAAACAUGAAAACCGGUCGAGAGAUGAGAGAGCGCAGAGAAGUCAGAACUUCUCGAAUAUUUCUCUAGUUUCCGGUAAAAAGCCAAUUUUCUCGAUUCCCUUUCCGUUUCUUCAAAAUCUGACCAGUUUCUAACUUUUUUUACGUCUUUCACUUCAGAUUUAAAAAUAGAUCAAAUUUCAGUCAUUUCGAAAUCUGAGUUCAUUUUUUAUUAUUGGACGUCAUCAACUAGACAAAACUCUAUCUUUUUCAACCCGACAAUCUAUUUCCAGCUGACUUGUCACCCUGUUUUUUCGUAGCUUGUGCUAAAUUGCACAUUUUGAACAUGUAAUUUGGAGUUAAGGAAGAAAAAGGAUGUCAACAAGGACCAGGGUAAAGACAUGCUAGGUGAGAAAAGAAAAUUAAGGAAAUUUCUGAAGUUUUUGGGCGGGACCCAAACUUUUUUUGACUGGAGUUAUCAUGAACAGUUGAAACACCGAAAAGUUUGAAAAAUUAUAAAAUUCGUCAGAUUUAUCCGUAGAGCGCAGAAGCUCGCUUUUUUUGGCCACUAUAUUUUUUUCUAAACUUUUUAUUUCUUCCAUCUUCUAGAUGAGGACAAUAAAAAUUCUAAGAAAGUCAACUAAGAAAAAUAAAAAAAUGUAUUAGAUUAUCCAUGGAGCGCACAUGUUCGCUCUGCCGCGGCUUUUUUAUCUCAACUAUUUUUAUGACGUAAAUUUUGGGCUUUGAAGUGUCUGACCCUUCAAUCUUACUCUAUUUUUUGACAAAAAUCAAAUUUCCGAUUUUUCGCGAAAAAUCAGGAGCCCUGACUUGAAUUAUCCAUAAAGCGCACAUGCUCCCUUUAACACGGCUAUUUUUUCUCACUCUGUUUUUUUUUUCAAAAUUCGAACCCUUUUCAGACCUGCGUCAUGUGGGUCUGGGACAUGACGACUACAAGGUUCAUCGCCACUGGAAUCUGGUGCCACGAAAUGUUGGCCGCCUAUGGGACUCCCAGUCAUUUCUACGCUCCACUGCAAUUCGUGAUGACUUACUCGAGACAUGCCCAAUUUUAUUCGGCGACCGUUUUAUCACUCAAUCGGAUGACGGCUGUCGUUUGGCCGGUUAAGUAUAAUAAGGUUGGUUUCAAGAAGAUUUAGGUGGAAAGAAAUAUAUCGCCUGGAAAGCCUUUUUGACUAAUUUUUCGAAAAACAAUGUUUUCGACUUCGGUUAUUCAAAAAAUGCUUACACUCCUCUGACCAAAGAAAAAUGGCAAAUAUUGCAAUCCUAUUUUGGAUUUCGCGGAAAAAAUCGCUUGAAAAGGUCUUUUUGCAUUAUUUCAUUUUUGAAGAAACUACAGUUUUCUUUCUAAAAAUUCGAGUAAUCUGCCAUUGGCCAGAGUAUAAAAAUCAGACUUUACCAUAAAAUGCCACAUUAAGGGCAUUUUCUUUAAUUCAUUCCACGGCCUAAAAUCAUUCUAGGGGUGUAGGAAGUUGUGGAGAGAAAAUAUCCAGACCAGAAACCAUUAUCUGCGAUAAUGGCCCCGGAAAUUGGUUAACCGCCAGUUUUUGAUCUUUUUCGGUCUCAUUUGGAGCCAAAUAUAUAGUUUUUACGAGUUCAAAUGAGCUUGUGAAUGGAAUAAACUUGUCGGUAGCUCAAUUUCUAGAGAAAAAAAAAAUUGGCGCCGAAUCAAAAUGCAGUGGCCGCACAUAGAAUGGCUCAAUGUGUUGCGGUCGCGUUGUGGUCGGAUUUCACAUUAAGAAGCUCACUCCAAAUAUUUUCAAUAAUGUAUGGCGCAAGUUGUUUUGGGUCGGGCGCACUUGAAACCUCCACGCUUUGAGGGACUUUUGAUAUAACGAUUGUGAAAAAAUCGCAUGACAUAAGUUGUCGUUUCAGAAUUUUUGUAAAGAAAGAAACAUGAUUUUUGCCAAAUCUUCUAUAUUUUCAUGAGCUCUAGCUAUGAUAUUUUCAAAGCGAUUGUGAACCGACAGGAAAUAAAAGAACAUUCGAGCGUUCUACAUGUUAAAAACGACAAUUUUCCCAUAAUCACGACAAUUUCCAGAUCUGGGAAGGCCCUUGGAAACUCCCCCAAACCGCCGCCAUCAUCUUCAUUCUCCCCAUUCCAUCAACCUGGUACCUAGGCCCAUGGACGAGAGCUCUUUUGGCCAGAUAUCCGAUGGGCGGAUUGACGUUGACUUAUGAAAAGUUGCUCCAGAACCCUUGGGUUAGUGUUGAUGGCGUCUUCAGAUUAAAUGACGUCAUUUUCAGAAUUCCGUGACGUGGAUGACGAUGUUUGUCGGUUCUUUAUGUGGGAUCGUGAUUCUGGUCUCGACGCUGGUCACUUAUAUAAAUCUGAGGAAUCUGAUGAGAAAAGCUGAGAAAGGGAAAUCCAAGACCGACGUCAACCUUCUUAUCGUCGGAAUGGUCUCUUCUAUAACGACGUUGUUUCUGGCAGCGGUUGAGGUAUGUCCGGUCGCAUUUGGAAUGGCUCGAAGCGUCGCGGUCGCAUUGAAGUUGACGUUAUCCCCCAGGAGUUAGUCUUACGCUUUUCGAUGCUCACGCGCGCAAGUCGUAUUUUGUCGGUUGCGGUUUAAAAAGAACUGAAGAACUUCUCAAGCCAAGUAAAAAUAAGGUUAACCUUCCAGGCUCCCUUCUACAUAUUCUGCAACUAUUUCAUGAACAACUACUAUUUUUUCAUUUGCACCAACAUCAAGCAAGUUCUCAUCGACAUCAGUGAGUUUUAAGAAUUUCAAAUUUGCUGAACAAAACUUUGCUACCUUUUUAUAACUCUCAUCAGAUGAAAUUCGAAUUUUACAGAAUCUUAUCAAUAAUUUUACAGUACUCGUCUUUUCGCCAUGGUCCAUGAUCGUCGUCUGCACCUCAGUACGUCAAGAAAUCAUGAAAAUUUACGGUUACAAGGUUCCUUCUGCGGUGACGGUAGUCGAACCGACUCGGUUCAACGGAAAAAUCGCGCCCAGUCCUUCUCAUUACAGUAGAAACUCUACCUUGUCCAUUACAUGA